GAUAAUUAUUGUUUGUGGGACUAAAAUUAUGCCAAAUUAGGUGCAGGCGAGAGUACCAUUGCUCUUACUCCGUAUUUCUUUCCGCUGCAUGAUUUCACACUGUGAAAGCAAUGGCAGAUAUGAAGAGCAGAAAAGAUGAAGAUCUUUACACCAAAGAUGGGACUGUGGAUUAUAAGGGUAACCCUGCCAGAAAGAGAGAAACUGGCACCUGGAAAGCCUGCCCUUUUAUCUUAGGAAAUGAAUGCUCUGAAAGGUUGGCAUAUUAUGGGAUGAGCACAAAUCUGGUGUUAUAUUUCAAGCACAGGCUGAACCAGCACAGUGCCACUGCUUCCAGAAAUGUCUCAAAUUGGGCAGGAACAUGCUACAUAACGCCCCUCAUCGGAGCCUUUCUCGCCGAUUCCUACAUGGGAAAAUACUGGUCUAUUGCCGCCUUCUCAAUCCUCUAUGUUUUUGGAAUGGCAUUGUUGACACUGUCAGCUUCACUUUCUGCACUAAAGCCAACAUGUUCCAAUGGUGUUUGUAAUCCAACAGUGGCUCAAAGUUCAGUUUCCUUUAUAGCACUUUAUGUGAUAGCCCUGGCUACCGGUGGGAUCAAGCCGUGCGUGUCAUCCUUUGGGGCAGACCAGUUUGAUGAUGGUGACGGAGUUGAGAAAAGGCAAAAGUCCUCAUUCUUCAACUGGUUCUAUUUAUCUAUUAACAUAGGUGCACUGGUUGCUUCUUCUGUCCUCGUUUGGAUGCAAGAUAAUGUGGGGUGGGGGUGGGGAUUCGGCAUUCCUGCAGCAACCAUGGUUAUUGCUGUCGUAAGCUUCUUUUCAGGCACAAAAUUGUACCGGAAACAGAAACCGGGUGGUAGCCCUUUGACAAGGAUAUGUCAAGUGGUGGUAGCCUCUUUACGAAAGUGUCAAAUUGAAGUGCCAAAAGAAAAGUCACUUCUGUAUGAAACUGUAGAUCCAGAGUCUGCCAUCUUUGGGAGCUGCAAGCUUGAUCAUACCAAUGGUUUUCAAUUCUUUGACAAGGCAGCAGUUAAGACAGAGUCAGACAAAAGAGAAGGCUUGAUAGAUAAUGAUCCAUGGAGACUGUGCACAGUGACUCAAGUUGAAGAGCUGAAAGCGGUUGUGAGGAUGCUACCGAUUUGGGCCACUGGGAUUAUCUUCAGCACAGUGUAUAGCCAAGUGACGACCUUGUUCGUGUUGCAAGGCGCAGCCAUGGACACUCGUGUGGGCCCUACCAAAUUCAAGAUCCCGCCAGCAUCGCUCAGCAUCUUCGACACUCUCAGUGUCAUCUUCUGGGUACCCAUUUAUGACAGGAUCAUAGUCCCCGUUUCAAGAAAGUUCACGGGCCAUGAAAACGGGUUGACCACACUCCAGAGAAUUGGCACAGGCUUCGCCAUAUCCAUCUUUGCCAUGUCAUCCGCGGGGAUUCUGGAGCGAAACAGACUCGAACAUGUGGAGGAGGUUUCCAUGUCAAUACUAUGGCAGGUUCCCCAGUACUUCCUCAUAGGAUGCGCGGAGGUCUUCACUCUCAUAGGGCAAUUGGAGUUUUUCUACAAGCAGGCACCAGAUGGCAUGAGAAGUUUGUGCUCGGCUCUCUCACUCACCACUGUUGCAUUAGGUAACUAUCUUAGCUCUUUGUUGGUCACUGUCGUAAUGGGUAUUACAGCAAAGAAUGGGAAGCCAGGGUGGAUUCCAGAUGAUCUGAACCGUGGGCACGCGGAUUACUUCUACUAUCUGUUGGCAGCUCUUAGUGUGAUGAACUUGGGAGUUUUUCUCUGGUUUGCACAUUGGUAUACUUACAAAAGGCCAGUGAGGACUCUUAGUUGACAUGUUCCAAAACCAAUGAGAUUUAUUAUAAAUGUAUGGAGAUUUGGAGACAUAAAUUUGAGGUUUUUGU